AUGACCUCAACCCAUUCCGACACCAUCACAGCCCAGCCACCACCACCACCACCCCCCGCCGCCGACACCCUCGACGACAUCUUCGGUUCCUCGCCACCACCAUCCUCAUCGUUCGAGCACGACCACGUUCCAGCUCCAGAAGCCGCAGUACCAGCCGCCGCCGCAGAACCCUCCGAUCUCCCCUCGCUCCGUCGCCAGCAUGUGACAACGGGAUACCGCGAUGGUAUUUCGUUGUCGAAGGGUGAGCAUGUUCAGGAUGGGUUUGAUGCGGGGUUUCCUGUGGGCGCGCAGUUGGGUAUGCGCGCGGGGACGGUACUUGGUAUAUUAGAGGGUGUGUUGCGCGGGUAUGAGAGUAAAGUCGGUGGUGGGGCUGUGAAGAAACUCCCGUCUACUUCUCGUGGGGGCAAGUCUACGGACCGCGCGCAGGGGCAGGGACAGGGGAAAGAAUCGGAGAUCGAGAUCCUACGCCGUGAACAAAGAGAAAAGCUAUCGAAAAUUUAUCAGCGCGCACUGAAGGAGUUGGAAGUGCAGGCUGUUUUCAAUGGGUUGGAGAAUAUGGGUGAAAAGGAGCAGGAGAAGCCCGAGACACAGCUGGGGAGGAAGGGCGACGGGGUUGUCUCGUCGUGGGAGGGGAGGGUUAAAGUGGCGGAGUGGGAGGUGAAUAUGGACGCUUUGGAGGAGAAAGAGAAGGAGAAGGAGAAGAAGGCGGAGGCGACGGCGACACCCGAUGAUGAGGGCGAGCAAAGUUGA